ACCUAGACAUUUUUUUGUGUUCAUCCUUACAGUGACCAUCAUUAUUAGCAUGACUAUCGCGUUUGCUACAUUUUACAUUGCUGAUGCCAAGGAAAACUCCACCCCGGUUUCCUAGCAGACCUAGUCUAGUUUUAUUCUUUUCGACAGCACUUAAAAGCACCAAUACUAGGCUUCGCGCAGGCGCAGUGCGAUGUAAACAACUGUCGCGGUUGGCUGUGGGUUUAGCUGUGGCUAGCUAGCUAGGUUGAACUUAAAAGAGGUUUUAUUUUACUCGGGCUCUGGCAGUGAGAUUGUGAGCUUGUUAUCAAGACACUAGGGUAUUUUUCUGUAAUAUGGGCUGUAGUCCGCUUAUAAAGAUUACCAGCUAAGAAGUUUAGCUAGUGGUGACGUUAGCUUGUAGCCUAGCGCUAGUGACUGGCUUUUUAAAUAACCUAGCUAGCUUAACACUCGGUCUUUAUACAGAUUAAUGGCCAGUAACCUCAAGGUUCUGUGUUGGUAAUCAUAUCAGAGCAUUCUUCUAGUGUUGCCACAAUGGCUAAUGGUAUUAAAUCAAUAUUCAACAUAAUUAGCUAGCCCGGCACGAUUAGUUUGCUAACUCAGGUGAUAACGUUUAGGCCGUCGACUGACAGGAAACAAGCUGAACGUCAACCGGUCGGUUCCUCCAGUCUGGUCGUAGUGAAUACAAAGGAGACUCUUCGAGGCUGAUUUAGGGUCAUCAUAUGUUGACUGAAAACAGGAAACGGCAGCGCAGCGGUGGUGAUGAGGAGAGCGGCCACCUGGUGCCUCAAGCCAAAAGGCAAAGCAGAGCUCAUCCUCUGUCUCCCGAACCAGGCCGGGAUGCGUGGGACUCUGAGGUACAAACAGCUGUCGAGGGAAAUACAAUUUCAUCCAACAGUGAGAGCAGCAGCAGCAUCAGCAGUCCAGAACAUGCGGCUGGGAGCUGUGGCAGUCAAUGUGUUGUGGGCCCCUGCAGUCCCCUGAGCUCCGGUGACUCCUCAGAACUGGCCGGCCCAACAAACCUGGUGUCCUACCUGCAGAUCAACCGCAUCCUGAAGCAGGCCCACUUCCAGAGCCUGCAGAGCCGAUGUCAGCUCAGAGACACAUGACAACCUCAUGUCUCUCUGUCAGCCGCCAGAGGACUGAGUCCCUGAGGCAUGCCAGAGCGCCACAUGCUGAUUCACUUCACUCAGCUCUUCCCACCCAUCUCCUGUUACUGUGAUAUCUCGCAGCUCUACAUAUCUGUGGAUGGAGACCAGCUCCUGGUCAGGUAUCUGGAGGGGGUUCAUCAUUCAAAUAAAUCAAAAGUGAUAAUCAUUUUAGCAAUAAUAACUGUGUGAUCAACUUAAACAUUUUUUUUGUGUGAUCCACUUGAUUUCUGACCAGUCUGGUUUACAUGCUGCUCUUGGAGCCUUAUUGUGACUGAUUGCUGAUGAUGAAUCCCUGUGUUUUGUCUUAAAUGUUGUAUGAAAACAGUGCUACUGGAGCUGCAGAAAUGGCACCAAACACAAUUUUAGGCCGGUCAGUGUGACUUGUUUAGUCUCCUAGUAGGAUACUUGGGUUGUAUAAUGCUGAAUGUCUGUGUUAGUACAUGGACCAGUCUCAGGGAGGAUUUGCACUUGUCUCGGACUGCUCAUUUGCUUUCAUAUUCAGACAGGGACUCCUUUACAGGAACCUGUAGAAGCCAUGAAUGUGAACUCGGUCAAGGAGGUUGUGUUUUUUUUCCUUAUUUUGUUAGGUUAUAGUAUUUGGAUUUCAGUUACAUUUAGAGGAGAGUCAGGCCACAGAAUAAAUUGUUUGAUUUUACUACAGUAUGCAAUUUGUAAAGGACACUGUAAGGUGAAUACUUUUGCUAAUUUUCCAUCAACUACUGCACUUACUUGAGUAAAAAAAAAUCAGGCACAUUUAUUCCAUAUUUUAAGCUUGGUACAUUCUGUUUUUUUGUUCCUAAUGCAGAUAAAAAUGUUAUACCUGACCUUUAGUGCAGCAUUAGUCUCCCCUUCUGCUAUCUUCACUAUCUAUUUUGCAGGGGCACCAUCGCUGCAUCCAACAUUAACAACACCCAACUCAAUUUUGGCUGGUUUAAGGAAAUAUAAAGUAUUUUUUCCCGUACAGCAAAAGGAUUAUAUAGGUGUAGCCAGACCUUUCCCCAGCAUUGACACAGCACUGCUGAGAUCGGUCUGGCUAUGCAGACUAACCUGACAAUGACCUGACCUGAUUGAUCUCGACAAAAUCCCUUUUUUGUGAUCAUUAAAGUUUGUGAUCUUGACCUAACCCCUCCUGUCUUGUCAUGAUCAUAAAUAAUAACGCUGAAGAUUGCAACAUUUGAAUAAUCAUCAAUUAUGAAAUGUCACAGCUUAAAUUUGCCAUCAGAAUUUAAGACCUUUUGAUUAUAAAGUGAUGCAUUUACAACCGAAGCGUGUGUGUGAAAUAUCAUUAUGAUAUUUCCUUAUAGGACAGUGCGCAGUUCUGUAACAACAUAAUGACGUAGCAGUUUAAGGUAGAGAUCACCUUACUUAUACGUAAUUAAAACAUCUGGCAUAUCUUCUCUAAUAAUUUGUGAGGAUACAAAUUUAUUUAUGUCAAAACUGAUCAUAAUAACAAUGCUUACCAGAUCAAGAUCAUAAGUCAUUUAAAAAUGUUUAUUUUUUUUAUUUUAUGAGAUAAGAGUCCUUUUUGUUGUGAUCAUGGGAAAAUUAAUAGAUCACAACAUUACCAGCUUUGUUUUCUCAUGACCACAAAAACCAAGCAAUGGUUACAUCCUUUGACUCUACCUUUCUUACUCCUUAAACCUUCUCAGUUUUUUUUUCCUUUGGAUUGUAUGGAGGGCUGUUUGAUGUGGCAUUUGAGCAUGUAGGAAAAUGUAGUUCUUUCUGUCUGGAGGGGGUUACAAUACAGCCUUUAGGAACAAAAAGACAUUCCCUAGGCUUUGUUUGCAAUAUUACUGGAGCCACUAAAAUGCUGUUUUUAAUUGCAGACAAGCCUUUCUGCCUGUGCACUACCAUUCGAUGGUUGCUGUAUGUGUGUCCCUGUGCACUGAACAUCCAGGUACAAGCACUGACCGUUAAGGCUGUGCAUCUCUCCUUUUCCUUAAAGCGGGAUGGCUUUCAUUGCUGAAGCCUCAUCCCAGGAGUACGCUCUGCUGUUUUAUUUUUUUCUCAGACUGGUGUGUCAGAAAUGAAAGCAUUUUGAAGAUGUGGUUUAUUAUUUUUUUCAAUGAUAUAUUUUUUGUAUUUAGUAUUGUACAUGACAUUAGCCUGCCAUUAUUUUUUCCCCUUGUAAAUACCCCUUCAUUUCAAAAAUAAAAAUCAAUGUUUUUGAACAAAGACAA